AUGCUUCGCCUCGCUCCCCUCGUCCGCCGCGUCGCCACCCCGCGCCCCGUCCUCAUCACGCGUACACUCACCACGUCCCUCGCCGUGCGCUCGUCCGACUUCAGCUUCAACCGCCCGGGCCCACCCCCCCUCCCUGCCGCCGACCAGGCCGAGUUUGAGGCCCUCGUCAAGGCCGCAGAGGUCGCGCCGUCCAUUGACGAGAUCACCCCCGAGACCCUCGAGGAGAUCAAGGCCGUCGAGCACCGCGACCUGAGGAAGGGCGCCAAGCCCGAGUUUGAGGGCGACACCAACCCCAAGACCGGCGAGGUUGGCGGUCCCAAGCGCGAUCCGUUCAUGGCUGGCGACAGCGACUGGCAGUUUGGCGGACGUGUGACGGUGAGCUUGACUGUUCCCGACGACAGCUGA